GUUAAAUUACUAUUUAAACUCUCUGUAAGUGGUGAAAACGUUCACUUGUUUUUUUAAUUUUAAUCAGUUUGUUAGUUGUUUUGAUGGCUUAUCGCGCGGGCGUUUCAUUUCUAUGGUUGCUUCCGUAUUUUGCUCGAUUGGUCCUCGGGCAUACACCUUUAGAUGGUUUUCAAAAUAUUCGUCAACCACAAGAUUAUCAAAACGUAAUCAUUUCCGACAACGGUGUUUUAAUUUGUCAGAACAAUAGAUGUUUUUAUAACAGUUUCGAAAGACUCAACCGAAUGUUUCCUGGCCUUUUCCCCGCCGUGCAGGAGUACCAACGGAAGACUGGCCUACCAAUUCUGUCGACUAAUUCAUGCUUAAGCCCCUCUGUACAGAACAGCACAUCACUCGGGCCAAAGGGGAAAUCAUCAUGUCUGGGUAUGGGAGAUGGUGAUGACUGUUGUGAAACAUUUAAACAUAUCGUCCCAUACGACGACAGCACUUUUCGAAUUCGAGAUGAUGUGGAUGGAGAACCGCGUCAUAUAAUUCAGCUAUUCACGAGAGGAACUUGCGGGUCAACCAAUGACUGUCAACAUUGUCAGCAAGAAAACAAUCUAAUGGGGCUGUUGGCAAUUGACCUCUCGGGGUUAGGGCCGGUUUACCCUUUCGGCUUCUACAUGUUCCAAAUAGAAUCAUAUUGUUCUUGUCAAUCAUAUACUUAAACACAGUAACAGUGGUUGUUUCCGAGGCGCUUUAUUCAGAUGUGUUGUAAAAAAUUUCAUUUUCAUACGUGUAUAUUAUUAUACGUGUAGCAUGUAAAUGCAUUUUUGUAAUGACAAAUAUUGGGUAACAUUAAAUUUGAAAUACAUCACCGCCCCACAGUGGAAUCUGGAAUGCGAUAGGUUUAUGCAGUUUGUAUUACAUUUUCAUUGUUAUUGUAACAUAUUGUAUAAAACUUGUUAUAAUGUGUAAUACAGUGCUAUUGGUCUUUUCAUAUAAUAUAUAGUCAUGUAUUGUACACGUAACGCGUUCCUUACAUUAAAACAAACUCAAGUAAUC